CCGGAGGCAAUGGCGUCCGAGCUAGCCACAAGAAUGCCACUGAUGCAAAAACAGCAGCAUCAUACACACUGGGCCGAUUCGCAGAUGGACGGGAGUAAAUGUCAGACUGCCUUUUUGACAUCACUGCCAGUUCAACAUUUACAAUCUGAUAUGUUAAGCCAAAUGUCUCACGGAUCAGAUCGUGCGAUGGAACACUGUACAAGCGGCAGUGAAUUUGGUUCGGAAAAUUCCCACAAUUUUGGUGUUUCCUACAUGCUUAGCGGUGGAUUUCGCUAUCAAAUCCGGAGGCCCGUGGAAUCAUGGAAGUUUCUCGAGGCUCGUAAACAAGAUGGAUCUAUUCUCUAUCUUUGUCGGAUUUGUAAUUCAAGCUACAAACACAAGAAGUCAUUGAACAAACAUUGGAAGGAUAAGCACAGUGAUAUUCCUCAUCCUGAUGGUGCACCGCCAGACGAUGACGAGGAUGAUGAAGAACCUUCAGAUGGGGAAGGACAGACAACUGAUCACGGGAGUUCGAUUUCAGAGGUGGAGAAUGUGGAAAAUAUUCCUCCAGCCAGUGGUAACUGUCAAGUUACUACAGGGUCGAGUGCAUUUUCUGACAUAGUGCCAACAACAGUAGUUCUUGCCGGUCGGUCUUUCACUACUGGGUUACGGCGUGCGUCGGCCCCACUCAUGAAAGGACCUGGGUCAACGAUUCAACCAAAGCGUAUGUCUAUGGCUCUUGCAAAGCGAAAUCCUGCUGAUGAGGCGAAGACAACAGCACAGUCAAACAAUGCCAACGAAAGGGAGCGCAAAAAGAGGCUAAGACCGGAAGAAACGAACAAGGAGGCAAUCGCAUUGGGUAUGUCAUCUUCGCCUUGUAAUAGCUCGCCGGUUACGAACGUAUCUAAGCGCCGCCCCAGCUGUUUCUAUGAGAAGGACUGGUAUGGUUCAUGUACCAAUGAAAAGAGAAGUACCGUGGAUUAUACAGAAAAACCAGUUCAUGUUCGUAGCUUGAAUAGUUCGACCAGUACUGUCAGGAGUCCUGACAGAACAAUUCAGUUGUCACCAAACCGGGACAUGACCUCCAAUUCAUCCCCGAAAACAAAUUCGAAUGAACUCAAGCCACUGGACUUAUCAAUACUAAAGACGACGGACGACCACGAGGUAAACCCUUGUGCAAAGAAAUACAACGAACUCUUGCCCCUGAAGAAAUCCUCUCCAGAUAUAAGCUGUUCCUUAUUGAUAGGUCUGCUUCAGACGNCCCCGAAAACAAAUUCGAAUGAACUCAAGCCACUGGACUUAUCAAUACUAAAGACGACGGACGACCACGAGGUAAACCCUUGUACAAAGAAAUACAACGAACUCUUUCCCCUGAAGAAAUCCUCUCCAGAUAUAAGCUGUUCCUUAUUGAUAGGUCUGCUUCAGACGGCACUCAAUACUCUGAAAUCAGAGACAUCAGAUUCCGGCGUUGACACUGGUCUCAGGCUCUCACGUACGUCAGCCAGUAUGUUAUUUGCCAUUGGAACACUUCUCGUCGCUCUUGUGGACGAGAAGAAGGACGACAUAUCUUUCGAGAAGGCGGAGACCACAACUUCCGGUGUUUCAGUGCCAACCCCAGGCAAGUCUGACGACCAUCUGGGAGAAGAAGAUGCUCGUCGGACUCCCAUAAGUUCACAACGAAUCUCCGAAUGUAAUCAGUUCAAACAAGUACUGCCACCAGCACCGCAACAUUGUUCACAAAGUUCGGCACUUGAACCACCACAAGUUCCGGAAUAUGAUCAAUCUGGUCAACCGAACAUUUAUCAUGCCCGACUGUCCUCACCGGGACAGAAAACAAUCCAACAGUCGUACAUGGAAUCCUGCGAACUCGGAACAACCUUAGUGAGCCAUUUAGCCCAAGGAUUCGGUUCAGCGCAUACACAUAUUGGCUGCGAUACUCAGUCCCCUUACAACGCUCAAUGUCGAUCGCAGAUAGACCACACUAUCGUACCCCAUGUAUCAAAUGCUAAAGCGGAGGUCUUACAGAAACCAGUGGUCAACGAAACGAACAAAUCGACAAGCUCAUCUUAUGAGUGUGUUAUCAGUUGCCCCGUGUGCAAAUUUGAUGCCCGAUGGUUCAGCGAGUUACGGGCGCAUAUGGUGAAUCAUUCGGAACAUCGCAUGUUCGGUUGCUGUUAUUGCCCGUAUCGAGCCAAAUGGAAGUGGGACGUUGCGAAACACAUGCGACGUUGCCCACUUGGGCGACAUGUUGCUCAUUUGUCCAAUGAAGCGCUAUUACGCAUUGUCAGGUAUCAUCCGCCACCGGUAGGGAAUAUACUGUACAAUUACUUUCCACAGUACGGUAUCCCAGGUGUCGGAGUAGAACAUCCACCCACACCUCCGGUACAGCAAUAUAUGGAUGAGGUCAGUACUGCGAUGCCGACGCUGAUCGCUAUGGAGCCAACAAACCUAUUGUCUGUGACGCCGCCGAAUACACUUUAUCCAUCGUUAUCAGUAAACAACAACGAUGAGGAAUCAAGCAUGCCAGGAACAUCUCCCGUCAAUCCGGAACCACCUGUACUUGGGCGAUACGGAUCAACACCAUCAGGAACACAUGACCCAACAGGAAGAGGAGGUACGGAUGAUCAGGAGUCUGCACAAAGCCCACAAGCGUUAGUCAUCGUGGAUAACGAGGUCGACUAUUCCCCAAUGAUUCAGACACCCAGAGAAACAGACUCGGAUAAAUCGGUCUCUAUUAUGCAAGGCCAAAAUCCUGUGGCAAGCCAGACAGACGGGUCCGACAGCACGCGUGCUGUGUCCGCGACAGAG